AUGUCUCUGUCGUGUGUGUCAUUAUUCGUAUUUCUGUGUAGUGUGGUAGGCUACACAUCGGCAAAUGGCAUACGUCUGCUAUUCAUUAACAACGGCUCCUGCUCUUUGCUACUUAAUGAACUCAAUCAGUUUGAUUCCUACCAGUUGAACUGGGAUGGUCGCGCACUUUCCUCCAAUUGUAAACUUAGAUUUACCGGGAAGAGCUUUAUUUCGUCAGAGGCACGUGACAGGUAUAAAGUGUGUGUCAAGGCUUUGAGGUAUGACGUCACGGAUUGCACAUUUAGAAUGACGUAUUGCUCGGGCAAGAAUGGCGGCCCGGUCGAGGAACACCUGUGUGGAAAUUUGCAACCAUCCAGGUUUUGUGCUGGAGAGGGGGACACUUUAUCUAUUAGCUUGUCCACUACGGCUGCGUCCAAUUCCUCAUUCCAACUGAUGGUGACUGCAGAGAAAACAUACACACACCCGGAGGAGAAUAUCUACCUGGUGUAUAGUGUGGUUUGUGGACUGUCUCUCUUGUGUUUACUGAUGUCCUCAAUCAUAGUCCUAGUAAUAUGUAAGAAACACAAGCAGACAGAACGUUGUGUGAACCAUACUACGACUGAUGUGUACAACACCCCUAUGCCAUCAGGUACUGUGUUCCCCAGCGGGGUGUAUAACGAAGGAUACGUCAACACAGAACAAGAUUCCUUUUCAAAUGGAAUAGCCGUGAGACUUCCGGAGUACUCGGAGAAGGAAGACAAAGUGAAUCCACCGCCCUAUACAGAAGUUAACGACCAGGCAACCAAAACGUAG